UAUCAACUCUCAACCCCUCCCCCUCCCCCCCUCCAAAAAUAACAUCAAGUAACAAAAAACAUAUUUCGGUGCUCCGCCACUUUCCAAACACUAGAUCAGCGCCCAAUACUGAGAACUGCGUCACGAUGGCCGACGCAGGGUCCGGGGACGUUAAGAAGGUUGUGGUUGGCGGGCAGAAACCUACGAAAAAAGAGAAGAAGAGCAAAGCCGGCUCCGAUGCUGCCAGCGCUGGCCCCGUCGAGAUGAACCCACCGCCCGAUUUCCUUAAAACGCGACUUGACUUGUUUGACCGCCUGAAGAAGAAAUACGACGACGAUGUAGCUAAGAGGCCGCGCGAGCAAAUCACCAUCACCUUGCCGGACGGAUCUAUCAAAGUUGGCACUAGCUGGGAGACCACACCAGGAGAGAUCGCAAAGGGUGUUUCUAAUAGUUUAUACAAGCGCUCUGUUGUCGCUAGGUUGGAUGGUGAUAAGAAUAGGCUAUGGGACCUCGACAGACCUCUAGAGCAGAGUUGUAAGCUCGAACUCCUGACAUUUGACGACGAUCAGGGAAAGCAGGUUUUUUGGCACAGUUCUGCCCACAUUCUCGGUGAAGCCUGCGAGAGACGAUUCGGCUGCUCCCUCUGCAUCGGUCCCCCAAUUGACGAUGGUUUCUAUUAUGAGAUGGCUCUACCUGGAGGCGCCGCUGUCCAGCAGAGCGACUGGACGCCUCUGGAGCGAAUAGUGACCGACAUCGUCAAGGAUCGUCAGCGGUUCGAACGCCUUGAAGUUACGAAGCAGGACCUUCUCGAUAUGUUUAGCUACAACAAAUACAAGCAGUACAUUAUCUCUACCAAGAUUCCCGACGGUACCUCUACCACCAUCUAUCGUAACGGUCCGUUGAUAGAUCUAUGCCGCGGACCGCACGUCCCGGAUACCGGUCGGAUUGAGGCCUUCUCCAUUAUGAAGAACUCGGCAUCGUACUGGCUUGGCUCCCAAGAGAAUGACUCGCUCCAGCGUAUCUACGGAGUAUCCUUCCCAGACAAGAAGAAAAUGGUAGAGCAUAAGAAGUUUCUGGAAGAGGCAGCCAAGCGAGAUCAUAGGAAGCUCGGAAAGGAACAAGAGCUUUUUAUGUUCCACGAGCUCUCCCCUGGCUCGGCAUUCUUCCUGCCUCACGGCACAAGAAUCUACAACACACUUCUCGAGUACCUCCGAGAUCAGUAUCAUAAACGGGACUACCAGGAAGUCAUCACCCCAAACAUUUUCAAUUCGGAACUCUGGAAGAUCAGCGGUCACUGGGAGUAUUACCAAGAGGACAUGUUUGUCAUGGACUUAGAAAAGGAAAAAUGGGGCCUGAAGCCCAUGAAUUGCCCGGCUCAUUUUCUGAUGUUUGGCCACUCCCCGAGGGUGUACAACCAGCUACCUCUACGCUUCGCUGACUUCGGCGUCCUCCAUCGGAAUGAGGCGAGUGGUGCCUUAUCGGGCUUAACACGCGUUCGCCGUUUCCAGCAAGACGACUCCCAUAUCUUCUGUCGACUCGACCAGGUCACCGCCGAGAUUUCCGACUUAUUCGACUUUUUAUCUGAGAUGUAUGGCUUGCUGGGAUUUACCUUUAAACUUCAAUUGUCCACCCGCCCGGAAAAGUUUAUGGGCCAGAUUGAGACGUGGGACAAGGCCGAGAGUAUGCUAAAAGAAGCUUUAGAUGGGUUUGCGGCAGGUCCCGGUGGUGUAUCGUGGACUCUCAAUGAAGGUGAUGGUGCCUUCUAUGGACCCAAGAUCGACAUCAAGAUCUUGGACUGCUUGAACCGGGAGUGGCAAUGUGCUACUAUCCAGCUCGACUUCAUGGGUCCUGAGAACUUUGGCCUUGAGUAUAUCACUUCUGAGGCACAGCCUACGAAAACCAAGCAGGAGGAGCCUGCCGUGCCAGCUGCAGAUGUAAAAAUCAAAGACGCUCAACCGCUCGACGCGGAUUCUGCGAACCCCAAUACAAGCGACAGCGGAGCCAAGCGAGGAAGAGUGAUCAAGCCCCUAAGUCCCGGAUGUGCUCGUCCGGUAAUUAUCCACCGCGCCAUGGCUGGUUCCAUUGAGAGAUUCAUGGGCAUUCUGAUCGAGCACUUCGCUGGCAAGUGGCCUUUCUGGUUAAGUCCGCGACAGGUGAUGGUGAUUCCCGUAGGCAUGGGAUUCGUGCCAUACGCCCAAGAAGUCAAAGAGAUUCUCAAGCAGGCGAGGAUAUUCGUAGACAUCGACACUACGGGAAAUACGCUUCCCAAGAAGGUGCGAAAUGCACAGCUGGCGCAGUACAACUUCGUGUUCGUCGUCGGAGACGAGGAGAUGAGAGGCCGACAGGUAAAUGUACGAUAUCGGGAUGACACGUCGACCCAGGAUCGUGGCAAGCCUGUAUUGUUGGAAGAGGUGGUCGGGAAGUUGCAGAAGCUGCGAGCGGAUCGGGGAUCCUACAACCCCUUCCCGUCAUCGAAGGAGACGGAUAAGAAUGUUGCCUGAGUUGUGGCUUGAGCUUGUUAGCAAGACACGAUAGAUCAUGCCCGGUUGAUGGACCCGGCUCACUCUACGAGGGUACUCAUAAUAAAAGGAAUUCCAAAAAAAA